AAUGAAAAGAGCAUUUCUCAUAGAACGGAAAGAAAAAGAUCAAAAAAUAAAAAGAAAAACAGAAAGAGAGAGAGAGAGAGAGACCAAACUAAUAGUGUAGAAGAAACAGAGCGCUGUGUGUGUGUGGGGGUGUGGGUGUGGGUGUGGGUGUGGGUGUGUGCGUGUGUGAGAAAGAGAGAGAAACCCCAGAAAAUCCCAAACAGUUUCUCACUCUUUUGAUCGGAACCUUUCAUUCUGCGUUCAGAUUGCGCCUCCUUUCCCUGUUUGGUCCGUACAAUGGAGCGGUACGGCCGAGCCAGCGAAGGGUCGCAGUCUGAUCCGUCGCCGGAAUGGACCGUCGCCGGUGGAGACACAGGUCUCGAAGAGUCCUCGUGGCAACCGGGAUUUGCCGCCGGCGAAUCGUACCCUCUGCGUCCUGACGAGGCUGAUUGUAUCUACUAUUUGAGGACCGGUUCUUGCGGUUACGGUUCGCGGUGUCGCUUCAACCAUCCUCCUAAGCGUGCCUCUGUUAUUGGAGCUGGGACGAGGACUGGAGGGGAGUAUCCAGAGCGAGUGGGACAGCCUGUGUGCCAGUAUUAUAUGAGGACUGGAUCAUGCAAAUUUGGUGCAUCCUGCAAGUAUCACCAUCCUAGGCAGGCAGCAGGCACUGCUAACCCUGUGUCACUAAAUUAUUAUGGAUAUCCAUUGCGAAUGGGUGAGAAAGAGUGUUCCUAUUAUGUGAAGACAGGACACUGCAAGUUUGGUGCAACUUGUAAAUUCCAUCAUCCACAGCCUGCUGGCGUCCAAAUUGUAGCACCGUCACCAGUUCCCCCAGUUUCACCUCUUCCGGUACCAGUACCUUCACCAAUAUAUCCAACUGUACAGUCCCCAUCUGGUCCUUCAUCACAACAAUAUGGUGUAUUUGUUGCAAGGCCUCCUAUGCUACCUGGCUCAGUAGUCCAGGGCCCCUAUGGGCCUGUUGUAGUGUCCCCUGCCAUGGUCCCUUUUUCUGGCUGGGGUCCUUACCAGGCUCCUGCAACAAGCCCUGUACUUCCUUCUAGUACUCCAUCUAGUGUUGGUUCAACACAGAUUUAUGGGAUUACCCAGCUACCUUCAUCAGCAACAGGCUAUACUGGACCUUAUCAACCUUCCGGUCCCUCAAUUGGUUCUUUGGGCACUAGUCAGAAGGAGCAUCCAUUUCCAGAAAGGCCUGAUCAACCAGAAUGUCAUUAUUACAUGAAAACAGGGGAGUGUAAAUUUGGUCCAUCAUGUAGAUAUCAUCAUCCACCAGACAAGAGUGCACCAAAAGCAAAUGUGAUCCUUAGUCCUGUGGGCCUUCCUCUGCGUCCGGGGGCACCACCUUGCACUCAUUAUACACAGCGUGGAGUUUGUAAGUUUGGUUCUGCAUGCAAAUUUGAUCAUCCUAUGGGAUCACUGAGUUAUAGUCCAUCUGCCUCGUCCCUGGCUGAUAUGCCGGUUGCACCUUAUCCUGUGGGUUCUGCAAUUGGUACUCUUGCACCAUCAUCUUCAUCAUCAGAAUUGCGGCCUGAACUUGGUGCAGGAUCUAGCAAGGAGUCUGUUUCAUCCAGAAUGUCUUCAUCAAUGAGCACAUCGACUGCAUCAGUUGGCUUGACCUUGUCAACUGCUGGAGCCGUUUCUCAGUCAAGCACUCAACCAUCUGCUCAGAGUUCCAGUUCUUCUACAACUACCAAUGCCACCACAAGUAGCACUGUCUCUCACACCUCAAGCUAAGCAAUGUGAAUGCAUUCCUCAUUAUUACUCCUUUUUAUCUCAAUUUUUCAACCGACCAUCAUUACUCAAGGAGGUUCUCAAAUAGGUUUUAUUUUUCAAUUAUCUCAGUUCCAGAUUCAGGUCUAGCACACAUUGCACCAAUUGUCUCUGUUUAUAUAAUCUUUUUGUGGCCAUCUCCUUGAUCUUGAAUAAACCGUGGCCAACCUUGAGAAUUUUAGCAACCCAUACAUGCACCUUGGUUUUGAAUAACUUCAAAAGAAUCUGCAAGUCCAUUAUGCACAUGUCCAUCCACAUCUCCAAUUUUCGUAGUUUGUUGUGCUUAUUUAUGCUCAAUCUUUUUUUAUAUGAGAAAAUUUCUACUCGGAGUUUCAUUGACCAUGUGUAAUCUCUCUUCACCUGAACCCUUUUUUUGCAUUUGGGAAUAAUAUCUUAUUCGGGCUGAAGGUCCUAUUCGGUACUGUUCCCAACUUAUUUAAAAGGCUUACUGUGAAGAGAAGUAAUCAGGAGACCACAAUGAGGCUUCACAUUGCUAUCUUUUAUGAUUUUAGACACACGGUGAUGUUGUGACAAGUGAAAUGCUUGACUUGGUACUUAAAUUUAUUACAGAAUAUAUAUGAAGAAACGCAUUUAAAUUAACACAUUUGAAUGUGUAAUAAUCUCUUUUUCUCCUUUUCUGACAUUUUACUCGGUCAAGCUUCCGUGUCUCAGGUGAUUUUUCUGGAGGGAUUUUUAGUUUUGGUUUCAUCACCCCUCCCCCAUUAUAUUUGGAUAUGUUUGUUGUAAGAUGACUGUAUUAUAAAUAGAAUACACUACUCAAGUUAAAGGGCGCACCGGGGCAUGC